AUGCCCAUAAUUGUCACAAAAGGAGAAAAGUUGUAUUUCACCUUGCUGGCGCAUGCGAGCUCGGAUAUAACCGACCACCCAGAAGAGCUGGCGGAGCAAUUUGAGCGGUUGCGGUACGAUUUGCCCUUGAAUGCAGAUAUUGCUGCCGAUGUCAUUUGUGCAGUGUCGAUGGAUAAAACCGAGGUUUUCGACAGGAUUUACCACCAGAAGCAGAUCGACAUGUUCUUCCGUUUGGUGAAGGAUGGUAACAUGUUCUCGGACUGA